AUGGCGCAGGGUAGCACAGCUGGGGAUGGAACAAGCAUGCAAGAGGUAGCAGAUGCGCUACGUCAGAUCGUCACGGAGCAGAGGGACCAGCGCGGCAGGCUUGAGGAGUUGGGUCAGGCGGUAGCUGGUACAGCUCAGGGCGUGACGGGCACUCAGGCGGUGACCGAGCAGGUGAUCAAUCAGGUGGUUGGACAGGUGCAAGGGGCGUUUCAACAGCAACAGACGGCAACACAAGAGCAGGUGGGUCAGAUCGCUGGUGCAGUGCAAUCGCUACAACAGCAGUUGGCGCAGUUGGUGCAGACAGCAGCAAAUUUGACAUCACCUGGGCGUGGAGGAGCUGACCACGGAUCAUCAUCAUCAGGAGGUCCGAACGGACCGCCGGGGCCACCAGGGCCGCCAGGCACACCGGGGCCGGGAACACCGGCGAGGCCUGGGUAUUCUGCAGCAGCGGACGGGACAGGCGGUGUGCAGGGAGGAGGUUACAAUGGUGGGCCACAACCGGACGGCAGUUUGCCGAGAGGACCCCGAACAGGUUUCAGUGCCGGUGGGGUGCAUCCUGCGGUGGCAUAUGCAUUGCAGCAGGGCGGAGUUGACGCAAGAGUUCUGGCAAAGCCGCCGUUUUUCGACCCGAGCAAGACAGACAAGGUUUCAUUUCAGGAUUGGUCUGAGACGAUCAUUACCGUCACAGAUGCGCAGAUUCCUGGAACAUGGGAGAUCUUGGAGUGGGUCGCGAACAAGCAACCGAAGGUGGCUUUGGAUCAGCUCACACUUUUGGCGCAAUUCCCGCACCUGGACAGGACUUUGGUGGAGUACACGGACUCGAACCUGUACGCAAUGCUUACAACGUACACAGCUGGUGAAGCCCGGAGUUUGGUACGGCAAGCAAAGAGGCCGAACGGAGUGGAGGCUUUUCGCUUACUGCAAGUACGGUUCAACCCACUGACGAUUGGACGGCAACGAGCUCACCUGACCAGGAUCACGAAUCCACCGGAAUCCGUACCGCUGGCGCAAUUAUCUUCAGAGAUCAUUGCAUGGGAGAACCGCAUCAUGGAGUAUGAAUCCAAGCCGGGGGCGGACGUGGUUUCAGAGUCAUUGAGGAUGGCAACAAUUGUGGCGAUGUGUCCUGCCAAGCUCAAGGAACACUUGCAGAUGAAUGCAUCCAGGUACAGCAGAUAUGCCGAGAUCCGGGAGGAGAUUUUUACUUUUCUAGAUCAUGUGCACGGCAUUACAUCCACACCUAUGGAUAUUGGUUCCCUGGGAAAGGCGCAGAGCAAGGGAGGUAAGGGAUCUGGAAAGGGCCCCAAGGGUGGUCAGGGCAAGUCGGGGAAAGGCAAAGGCUUUGGCAAAGAGGCGAAGGGCAAGAAGGGCGGCAAGGAAGGCGGAGGAUCAACUGUGACACCAUCGCAAUCGGCGUCACAGGACUCGGAUGAAGGGCGCGUGGAUUCCUGGUAUGCUACAGCCGAUGGUACGCUGGUACGAGAUGAAGGCCUGAUUGAGCCAGUCUUCUGUUCACCGGAAGGCUAUUUGAGGGUGCUGAAGUAUCGGGUGGCGAAUGUCAACAAGGUGCUCACUUCCGCGGCGGAGAUCUGUAACAAGGGUCACCGCAUUGUCCUGGAAAGUGGGGAAUAUCAAUCGUACAUCGAGGAGUAUGACGAGUAUGAGCCAGAACGUUUUCUGGAGCCAGGUGAGGUGGAAUAUGAGCCUGCAUUGGAAUUAGAGGACAUGGAGGAGAUCACUCUCGGGCGUGAGAAAAAUGCGGGACAGCCUAGAGGAAGCCAAGAUCAGCAGCAUGGAGAUGUGGAGGAUUGUCUGGAAUCGGUGAAUCCGCUCAAGGUAGCACUUCCUGAUCCCAGAGAACCAACGAUGGAGGAGCGUCGCGAGCACAACGUGACUCAUAUCCCUUUCCGAUCCUGGUGCAAGCAUUGUGUGAGAGGGAAGAGUUUGGGCGCGGCUCAUCGGUCUGGUACGGGAUCGGCGACGCGGAAGGUACCCACGAUCAGCCUGGAUUAUUUUUAUCUGGGAGAUGCAGAGGACAACAGCCAGCCUAAUUUGAUCAUGACGGACAGCUUGACCCAGAGAGUGUUCUCAAUGUGUAUGCCUUGCAAGGGGGUUGGCCAUCAAUACAACGUGAUGAUCGUGGAGAAAUGCUGCAGAAUCCUUGGGUACCCGAAGGCUGUGCUGAAGUCGGAUACUGAACCUAGUAUCGUGGCGCUGAGGACGGAGGUGCAGAAGAAACUUCCUCACUUGAGCGCAGAGAAUGCGACAAAGGGCGAGAGUCAGAGCAAUGCCCAGGCGGAGUCCAUGGUGGGCAAAAUUCAAGGUCAAGCGAGAACUAUGAGGAGUGCUCUAGAGGCGAGCUACCAGUGCGUUUUUGGGCCGAGGCAUCCGGCCUUUGCGUGGCUCAUCGGGUAUGCCGGUACUUUGUGGUCGAGGUUCCAGAGAGGAGUGGACGGACGCACAGGGUAUGAGAGGAGCACUGGCAAGCAGUGGCGGCAAAGACUUCCACAAUUUGGUGAGUGCAUCUGGUAUCAACCUUUGAAAGAAUCAGGUACCAGGAAGAAGAAAUUUGAGGGAAAGUUUGAGGAUGGCGUCUUCUUGGGCAUCCAGGAGAACUCGUUGCUCAAGUGGAUUGGGACGCCGGAAGGAGUCACUAGAGCAUGGUCCGUGAAGCUCAGGCCGGAGAGUGAGAAAUGGAACUUGGAAGAGUUCAACAGUUUUGUGGGACUUCCUUGGCACUUGAAACCGAAUGUGUCGAGAGACGGUUCCAGCAUCAUCCCCGUCAUGGAAAAGGAUGUGGUGGUGGAAUUGCACGAUCGGCCGGAACCAGAGCGGCAGGUAGUGGUAGAGAAGAGGAGCAAAGGCUAUGUGCCGCGUGGAAUUUACAUCAGGAAGGAUGAGGAAUUGGCAAAGUAUGGGUACACAGGUGGAUGCGAUGGUUGUGAGGCAGCCAAGCAUGGGCUGUCGAGGAAGCAGCAUAGCAAUGCAUGCAGAGAGAGGAUCGUGAAAGCAAUGGAGGAGACAGCAGAAGGUAAGGCGAGAGUUGAGCGUGCAAGACAGAGAGAGACGGCUUUCAUUGUGGCCGAGCAUGAGAAGAUCGAGGCGACAGCAGCAACAAAGAAGAGAUCAGCAGAGGAUGAGAGAGUGAUGGAUCAAGUGUUGAAGAAAAGAGAGAUUGAUUUUGAUUUGGAUGUGCCGAUUCCUGCAGCCGGUACUUCACCUGAUCCUUUGCCGGUGGAGGAGUUUCCCGGUCGGGGUGACGGUGGGGGAAAGCCAGGAGAGGGCAAUGAUGAGGAGCCUUCCUCAAGCAGCAGACCUAUGGAUCUUGGGUCUUUGGCUAGAAUAUGCAAGAAGGACGUGGACACUUUGUCGGUGGUCUACGAAGUGAGUUCAUUGGAGGCGAGAGCUUUGCUUGGUGAUUUGGUGGAGGAAGAGAGAUCGCUCAUGCUUCAAUGUGGUGCAUGGGAUGUCAAAGACGUGUACAAUUUGGAGGUGGCAGAAUUGUAUUCACCCCCUCGAGUGGUUGAGGCUGGGAAACGUAGAGGAUGUCUGAGUGGUGUGGCCUUCGAUUUGGGGACCACAGAUGAGGAUGGAGUACCAUGGGAUUUUCGAUUGCCGGAGAUGAGAGAGAAGGCAGAUCAUGUGAUAGAUGUGCUUCAACCGGAGUUGCUAUUGGGGUGUCCUCCGUGUCAUGCUUUCAGUGCGCUUCAGUGGUUGAACCACCCUGGUAUGGACGAUGAAGUGGUGGACGGGCGCAUGAAGGAAGCAGUUGGACAUAUGGAUUUUUGUGCACAGCAGUACAGGAAGCAGAUCGCCAGGCAGAAGUACUUCCUACACGAACACCCGAAAACUGCGAGUUCGUGGCAUGUUCCGUCUAUUCAGCAGUUGGCGGACGAGCCUGGUGUGAUGAUUGUGGAUGGCGAUAUGUGUGCGCAGAAAAUGGAGUCAACUGACCAUUUGGGAACUGGGCUGGUUUUGAAGCCUACGAGGUAUCUCACAAAUAGCGAGGAGAUCGCCAAAGAACUGGGGAAGAGGUGUUCGAAUAGGGAAGUGGAUGUGAAGGUUUGGCGUCGGCGUGACGAAGAUGCCAAAUGUUACAAAGGGCCUGGAUCAGGAGGGCCUAAUUGGUCACAGAUCUUUCGCAGGGUGACAAUGAAUGCAGACACUGGCGAGACAAUUGAGGAUUUGCGUUGGCCUGGAGACUGUGAUGGCCGUGCUUAUCAGCAAAAAUUGCCGGAAAGUAGUAUGAACAUUGAGACAAUGUUUUACUACCAAGAGAAUGGACCGAAGAUGCACCGUCAUGUGCCGCUGAUGAGUGGGCGUGCAUCACAAGCCCAAGUGUAUCCUCGGGAUAUGGUGAAUGGUAUUAUCAAGGGAUUGAAGAAGCAGCUGGCGCGCAAGUAUCCUUUGAAUUCGCUGGAUUUUGGUCCGGUCAACCAGGAACCUGACCUGGAUAUGAGUGCAGAGGACGACUGGCAAACUUACAUUGAUGAAGUUUCUGGGAAACCGUUGAACACUGCAAAGGUUACAGAGGCGCGAAAUGAAGAGCUGGCCUACGCGGACAAGUACAAUGUCUGGACCGAAGUGCCCACACAGGAAGCGUGGGACCGGCUGAAUCGGGCGAUGUACGGCACGCGGGACGCAGCGGCGUGCUGGGAAGCAGAAUUUACAGAUUUCUUCAGUGGGAAGGGCCAUGGGAAGGCCAAGCAUAUCCAUCGGAAUUACCUGUGGUUGCAGCAGAAGGAGGGCCUGCAUGAGUUCAUGGUGCACCACAGCACAAAUCGAGAAGUGUGCAUUUACCGAAGCCGUGAGAGGUGGAACAUGACGCCGCAGGGCACCGGCGCCAUGGGCGCGAAACUGGACGCUGACGAGGUCGAUGUGGCGGUGAUGCUCUCGGAGGGCGCCGUCGCCCGCAUCGCCGAGGGCUCCCGGACCAAGGUCAUCGGCACUUACGUGAAGUCACCGCUGCGAUGGGGCAUCCAUGUCAAGAAAGGCAGCCCCAUCAGAGAGCCCAGCCACCUCAAGGGCAGGACCUUCGGGGUGUCGCGGAUGCUCAGCGGCUCUCACCUCAUGGCCCACGUCUUUGCGCAUCAGCAAGGCUGGACUCCAGCCACGGACGCGCCGCUGCAAAUCGUUGGCACCUUGAACGGGGCCCGGGAGGCCAUGGGCAAGGGGGAGAUCGAGGCGUGGCUCUGGGAGAAGUUCACCACGAAGUUCCUCGUGGACAGCGGUGAAUGGGACAUCAUCGGCGAGGUGCCGACGCCGUGGCCCUGCUUCCUCUUCGUCGCCUCGGAGAAGGCGCUGGAGACCAAGCGGGCGGAGAUCGAAGACAUGGUGAGCGUCACCAGGACGUUGUGCGACGAGUUCAAGGCAAAUGCUGGCGACAAGACUGUCCAGUAUGUGUCCAGAAACCAUGCGCUGAAUCUGGACGAUGCGCGCGAAUGGCUCUCCGGGACCGAGUGGGCCUGCUCGCUCUCAGUGACCGACCAGACCUUUGUGAAGACCCAGGAGGCUCUAGUCACCAUUGGGCAGCUCAAAGAGGCGGUGGCCCACGAGCGACUCUACUUCCCACUCCGGUGA